GCAUAUGUGUCUGUGGUUGCUCUUCCCCAGAACAUGGUGAUGAGUUUCCGAGUCUCCGAUCUUCAGAUGCUCCUGGGUUUUGUUGGUCGGAGUAAGAGCGGACUUAAACACGAACUUGUCACCCGGGCCCUCCAGCUGGUCCAGUUUGACUGUAGCCCCGAGCUGUUCAAGAAGAUCAAGGAGCUCUACGAGACACGCUACGCCAAGAAGAGCUCGGAGCCCGUGCCCCAGCCCCACCGGCCCCUGGACCCCCUGACCAUGCACUCGACCUACGACCGGGCCAGUUCAGUGCCCAGGACUCCCCUCACAGGCCCCAACAUUGACUACCCUGUGCUCUACGGGAAGUACUUAAAUGGACUUGGACGAUUGCCUGCCAAGACCCUCAAACCGGAAGUGCGCCUGGUGAAGCUGCCCUUCUUUAACAUGUUGGAUGAGUUGCUGAAGCCCACCGAGCUGGUUCCACAGAAUAAUGAGAAGCUUCAGGAGAGCCCAUGCAUCUUCGCCUUGACGCCCAGACAGGUGGAGCUGAUCCGGAACUCCAGAGAACUGCAGCCCGGGAUUAAGGCCGUGCAGGUCGUCCUAAGAAUCUGCUAUUCAGACACCAGCAGCCCUCAGGAAGACCAGUACCCACCCAACAUUGCAGUGAAGGUCAACCACAGCUACUGCUCUGUCCCGGGCUACUAUCCCUCGAAUAAACCCGGCGUGGAGCCCAAGAGGCCGUGCCGCCCCAUCAACCUCACGCACCUCAUGUACCUGUCCUCGGCCACCAACCGCAUCACCGUCACCUGGGGCAACUAUGGCAAGAGUUACUCCGUGGCCUUGUACUUGGUGCGGCAACUGACCUCCUCAGAGCUGCUGCAGAGGUUGAAGACCAUCGGGGUUAAGCACCCGGAGCUGUGCAAGGCGCUGGUCAAAGAGAAGCUGCGCCUAGACCCCGACAGCGAGAUCGCCACCACGGGCGUGCGGGUCUCCCUCAUCUGCCCGCUGGUAAAGAUGCGGCUGUCGGUGCCCUGCCGUGCGGAGACCUGCGCCCACCUGCAGUGCUUCGACGCCGUCUUCUACCUCCAGAUGAAUGAGAAGAAGCCCACCUGGAUGUGCCCAGUGUGCGACAAGCCGGCCCCCUACGACCAGCUCAUCAUCGAUGGGCUCCUCUCUAAGAUCCUGAGUGAGUGUGAGGACGCCGACGAAAUCGAGUACCUGGUGGACGGCUCGUGGUGCCCAAUCCGCGCCGAGAAGGAGCGCAGCUGCAGCCCCCAGUGCCCCAUCCUCGUGCUCGGGUGAAGUGUGUGAACUUGAUGAAGAGCCAAAGCCUCCCCCCUCAGCGGAGGAGACAAGGGAGCGUGAGUGAAGACACCCUCCAGGGCCCAGUGGCUUAGAACCUUCCUCCACCGUUCUGACCAGAGGCCUCCAGUCUCCUUCGUGGCUGGCUCACCGUCCAUAACAUCUUCUAUUUGCACUGGGUGCCACCCAGCCCGAGCAGGAGACCUAGGUCUACAGGAACACAAGCAAGUGACCUUGCUGCUGACGGAGGACCCCCCUCCCCACACCAAACCAGCACUCCGAACCCCUCCCCAAGCUCCUGCUUUCGUGGCAUUUCCAGGCAAGGGCCGUCCAUCUCCCAGGCUGUGGCGUGGCCAUUGUGCCCCCAUGGUGUCCCUCCAUCACCCCACCCCCAACCCGGCCCAGGUGGCCCCAGUCUGAUUUGGGGACUGGAGGGAGGGCACUCCCCAGGGCCCUAGAAGUGGUGGUAUUUGGUGACCCCAACCCAGAGGAGGGGGCCGCAGCCCAUUCCCCCCAGGGGUUGGGGGAGCAGUGAGCUCAGAUCAUGGAUCAUGUCACAGAGACCCAUUGUAGGGCUACAUCUUGGGGCCCUCUGGCCAACUUGGGGCUCCCUGGCCAAGGCCACCCCACCCAGGGCCUCAAAAUACCCUGCAGUUGAAGGUGACCAAGAAGCCCGCCCAGCCGGUUCUCCCCGCCCACCCCCGCCCUCACCUGGUGGCACCCGCCUGUGCCCAGGGGUGUGGGUCACCUCCUCUGUAGGGGCCCUGGGCCUGGCACUGCUGGCAACACCCACCCCACCCUGGGAGCCCAGAGGCAGGGUCGCUGCGUGCAGACCCCUGCCUCCCAGGCCUGGUAGGAAGAGUCAGGCUGAGCUAGAGGUCCCUUCCUGGAACCCUAGUAGAGGGGCCCCCCCGAACCCUCCAUCCCCGCUCCCAAGCCUUCCCCCAACAAAACACAAAGAACAUCAAAAUCAGGCAAAUGAGGCAGCAGCGGUCGUAACAGGCUGCGUUUAGUGGUUUUUUUAUGUACAAGAAAAAUGAUUUUUUUGUCUGGUUUUUCAUCAUCUUUUGUCCUUUUGUUUUUCUUUUAUUACUUUUAAAGCUUCUCCCUCCCCACCCCCAAAAAGUGCAUUUUUAUCAAUUGUUUUUUUUUUAAAUCUCCCACACUUUAUAAAGACUCUCAAAUACAGUCUAUGGAAUGUCUGCUCUGUGCUCUUUGACCCCAUGGGCUUUGCCCCCCCGCCCUUCUCCACCAGGCCUGGCCCCCCAAAGUCCAAGGCACCUCGUGUCUGGGCCCGGGCAGGGCGGGGAGGACCCUGGGCAUCAGGACCCCUGGCCGCAGCCUUCAGGCAGGGAUGGGGGAGGUUCUCCCUAGCCCUCUCCAUCUCCUGCCCUGCCCCCAUCCCACAUGUAAAUCUAUAUAUUUAGUGCGAGCUAGUCUCACUCUGAGGUUAUGGCUCCUGGGGUGCCCGAGCCCCAGGCCCUGACCCGUCCUGCGCCAGCCAUCAUUGCCCAUCCAAGGAAGGCUGCUUCCUCAGCUUAAAUAACUUUUUUAAAAUAAAACUGCAAAUAUAAAUAUCUUUCUUUCUCAAAAAAUAGGAUUUUUGCUUCUUUUUUUUUGUUGAUUUUUACUUUUUUUCCCCGGUUUUCCUUUCACUCUCUUGGUCUCACCUCCUACAAUCCAGGCUGCCUGGACUGCCUCGGUCCUGGGGGGGCCCUGGCCCCUGCCUCUGUCCCAUGACCUGUGAUGAGGCAGUCCCAACCACGGCCAGUGGGUCUCAGUAGUGCAGACUCCCCAGAAGACCCUGGAAGGGGCUGGGGGACUCCCUCCCCUCCUACCCAAGACACCCCCCACCCCUUUAGAAAGAAGCAAAGGGACAGCCAUGUACAAACAGGGUGAC